AAUGUUUUAUUUUAUUUUACAGGGAAAAAAAUAAUUAAAAAUACGUUCUAGCAAUAACCACUCUUCCAGUAGCAUUUUAUAUUUUAAUGAUAUGUUUAAAUUACAAUAUACUGCCCUGCUGUUGGUACUGGUUUUUUUAGCUACUGGUGGGACUGAUGCAGUGCGACGCAAACGUGACGCAAUAUCAAGGCUAGAUCCAAAGAUCAUCACUAGUGAUGGAAACCUGAACUUUCAAUCUGCCACGAACAAAAAUAUUACUUUCCAACUGGAUGGAAAUUCUGAUGUUUGGUUCGGCCAGUUAAGUCUUGCAGAAUUAAAAAAAACGAUUGAUCAACAAGCAAAAGAUAUUGCACAUUUACAAAGGGCUCAACCAAAUGCUUGUGAUUCAAGAAAACUUUUGUGCUCUGAGCAUGGCAUCUGCAUCAACACCCAUCCAUCACAAAGUAGUGGAGCUGGUUUUAAGUGCUUAUGUCAGCCAGGAUACACAGGGACUUCCUGUAAUACUACCACUAGUGUCUGUGAUUCAUAUAAUUGCCAAAAUGGAGGAAGAUGCUCUGUGGAGAAAGGAAAACCUCGUUGUGUAUGCCAACAUGGUUGGUUUGGAAAAAAUUGUUAUUUUCCCAGACCAAAAGAUUGCCAGUUUCAUGUCACAACCGAUGUAGGAGUGAUCAAUUCACCCGGUUAUCCUGAUGGCUACCCAGACAACAUAAACUGUACCUGGAUUUUAAAGGCAAAGACAGGAAGAAUUAUCAGAUUUGUUACUGCUAUGAUAAGCAUUGGUCCUUCUACUGAAUGUGAUUCCGAUUUUGUUCAGAUAUCAAGUGUUUUAAACAACAAUGUCCUCUGUGGUUUUUCUCAGCCAAGAACAAUUUACACACAAACAAGUGAGGCUAAUGUCACGUUGGUUUCAGGAGGAACUCCCUAUGGUCAUGGUUUUAGCAUCUUCUUUGCUGAAGUAGACAAUGAAUUAUGUGGUGGUACUAUUACGUCUGCGGAAGGAGAAAUAAAAAGUCCAGAAGGGCAAAAAUCAAUUUACUGUACAUGGGUUAUUGAUGUCAAAACAAAAGAAAAUUUGAACAUAUCAUUCCAGGAACUCUACAUCAACAAUGAUCAAAAUAGAUGUGACAAUUACCUUGAAAUUGGUAUAGGUAAUGGUUCAAGUUAUCAACAAUACAAAAAGUAUUGUCACCAGAGAAGUAGUAAUAUCUUUGAAGUUGUAGCCUCAUCAAUGAUAACUGUGCGAUUUGUAUCAAAUGGCAAAACUGGGAGCAGAUUUAGAAGUAGUUAUCAAGUUGUAUGUGGUGGAAAUUAUCAUUUAACAUUGGACACUGCAUUGAAAAUUAGAUCUCCCCUUUUCCCAUUAACAUAUCCGAAAAAGAAACAAUGCACUUGGCUCUUAAUUUCCCCUCCUCAAACAUAUCUAACUAUUCACUUUGAGAACUUUGAAAUUGAACAUCAUUUGACUUGCUCAUAUGAUUAUGUGUCUUUAUAUAAUGGAGGCAAUGCUGCUUCAGUGAUGCUGGGACAGUACUGUGGUAACAAGAUUCCAUUACCUCUUUCCUCAUCCAUGAAUAAAAUGAUGAUCAUGUUUUCAACUGAUGGCACUGGUGAAUUUAAAGGUUUUACUGCUAGUGUUACUGUGACUGCUGGAGGUUGUGGGGGAACAUUCAUAGACAGCAAAGGACAAAUAUCAAGUCCUUCUCAUCCUGCGUUUUACUCACCAAACUCCAUGUGCAUAUACACAUUGACUGCAGUGGAUGUUGGCAUGGUUGUACAACUGUCGUUUACAAUGUUUUCUCUCGAAGAAAGUAAAGACUGCAUGAAUGACUAUAUAAAAAUAUAUGACGGAGACUCUACAAAUCGCCAAGUUUUGUAUGCAAAUAAUGUUACUGAUGGUCGUUUUUGUGGAACAAAUAAGCCAUCUGUUACUAUAUCUUCUGGGAGAAGUUUAACUCUUGUGUUUCAAUCAAAUUCGAUAAAUGCUGCUCUUGGUUUUUCUGCUGAUUGGCUCACAUUUGUAAAACAUACAGUUUGUGAUGUCUACAAAGCUAGUUCAAAUGGUGAAAUAUCAUCUCCAUACUACCCAAAUUUCUACUCACCAAUGUCUAACUGCAAGUAUACCAUUAAAGCUAGGGAUGGACAUGUUAUUAAGUUAAGUUUCAAUGUUUUCAGCUUAGAAGAUGUGUUAGAUUGCACUAAAGACUACUUAAAAAUUUACAAUGGAGAAGAUGAAAAAUCUCCUUUGAUUGGAACCUUUUGCGGAGACAGAAGCCCUGGAGUUAUUUUGUCAAAAGGAAAUUUCUUGUUUGUGGUUUUCAAAAGUGAUUUAUCAAGCGAACAUAAAGGUUUCCAUGCUGUAUAUGAAACUGGAACGAACUUAUGUGGUGGAACUUUGCAUGGAGAAAGUGGGUUUAUAAUUUCUCCAAAUUAUCCUGUCCAAUACCCUGCUAAUUAUCAGUGCACCUGGGAGAUAGUAGCUGCUGUUGGAAAUAACAUACAACUGACUGUAGAAGACUUUUUAUUAGAAUCUUCCCCUAAUUGCGAAGAGGAUAGUCUCGCAAUUUAUGAUGUUGGUAUCAUGUUUCAUAAACAACUUUGUGGAAAUAUUAAGAAGAGAGUGUUUACAUCAAAAGGAAAUAAAAUGACUUUAGUUUUCACAUCUGAUGAUUCAUUACAAGAGAAAGGGUUUAAGUUACAUUAUAAAACAGGUUGUGGUGGAGUGUUGGAUUCCAGAAUGGGCAAUAUUAGGUCACCCAAUUUUCCAAAUCAAUACCCAGUGCAACGAAGUUGCAAUUGGACCAUAAAUGGAAAUAUUAACGAUGUUAUUCUUUUAAAUUUCAUCACAUUUGACUUGGAAUACUCACAAAACUGUCAAUCUGACUAUUUAUUAGUCACUGAACCUGGAACAGGAAACAAUCAUGGAAAAUAUUGUGGUAUGAACCGUACACAGAUCACAUCAACUGGUCAUCAGUUGUUUCUAAAGUUCAAAUCUGAUAAUUUUAAUCCAGGUGUUGGAAAAGGCUUUCUAUUAAACUAUACUAUCAAAGGCUGUAGUCAAGAUUUUUUCUUGGAAAACGGAACAUUCGCCACCCCAAACUACCCUAAUGCCUACCCAUCUAAAAGUUACUGUAAAUGGCGCAUACGAUCUUCAAUAAAUAAGAAAAUCCGUCUGACAUUGUCUAAUCUAAGUUUGGAGCAUGAUUGCCACUAUGAUAACCUAACAAUCUUUAAUGGAUAUGGUAUAAAUCAUCCAGUUCUGGGACAUUAUUGUUCAAGACGUGGCAAUAUCACAUUGGAAUCAUCUUCUAAUGAAAUGACAGUACUCUUUAUAAGUGACGCUUUGACAAAUGGAAGAGGUUUCUCUGCAAAGUAUGAAACAAUCAGUGGUGGAUGCAGUAAGAUGCAUAUAGCUCACAGUGGAAAUAUCUAUUCACCUGGAUUUCCUGAAAACUAUCCCCCCAAAUCUGAGUGCAAAUACACAAUUCAAGUACCUGCUACCAGGAAUGUAAACCUUACUUUCAAAAGUUUUGAUAUUGAAAGUAAUGCUAACUGUAGUUAUGAUUAUGUCAGUAUUUGGGAUGAUGUUCAAAGCGUAUUACUUGGAAAAUUUUGUGGACGACAGAUACCACCAUCAAUUAUAUCAUUGGGAAACAAAAUUAUUGUGACGCUUUACAGUGAUUCUGCAACUACUGGAAAAGGGUUUGAAGCAUCAUUUAAUAUUGCAUGUGGCGGAAGUAUAGCUGUUGAUUCCAACACUGCUUUCAUCACUUCACCACACUAUCCUAGCUACUACACCGCUGGUACUUGCAUCUGGAUGUUGACUGCACAACCAGGGCAGCAAGUUUCCUUAACAUUUCAUGAUAUUCAAUUGGAAAGAUGUAGAGACUGUGGUUGUGAUUAUGUGGAGGUUUAUAAUGGAAGAAAUAACAAUAGUGCGGUAAUUGGAAAAUACUGUGGAGACAGUAUCCCACACAGCGUAACUUCAAGUGGUAAUUUCUUACGUGUGAAAUUUUAUGCAGAUAGAUCUAUUCAACACAUUGGUUUUAAAGCUUCUUAUACAUCACUUAAUGCUUCAUGUGGUGGUGAAAUUACUGGAUUCCAAGGUGAAAUCGCAAGUCCCCUUUAUCCAUUAUCUGCUCCUGCUCGCACAGAAUGUGUGUGGAAAAUUUCGGUGUCAGAAGGAAGUACAGUGUCAUUAUCUUUUAUCGAUUUUCACCUGGUAUCAUCAUCAAAUUGCUCUAAUGUAUAUGUACAGGUUUAUGAUGGACCAACUUCAAGUUCAUCAUCACUAAUGAAAGUGUGUGGAAAUACAAUACCUUUGACAAUCUCUUCAACCUCAAAUGUUAUAUCUGUACGUUUUUACUCUGGACAGACGCAAAGAAAUUUAUUCAAAGCUGCAUUUAGAACAAACUGUUUGCAACAGACGUUGACAGCCAAUUCUGGUUAUAUUGCAUCACCAAAUUAUCCAAGAGCAUAUCCACCAGUUUCUUUUUGUCGUUGGAGAAUAGUUGCACCACAAGGAGCAUCAAUUCAAAUUGAAUUUGAAGACAUGGAGAUGGAGGAAAAGUAUAGAAACAGAUGUACAGAUGUUGUAACAAUAAGAGAUGGGUCAUUUAAUGGAGAAUUGCUUGGAUCACACUGCGGCUUUGCAACACCAGCCAUGGUAAUAUCUACAUCAAAUAUUGUGUCAAUUAGUUUUCAAUCAGAUUUAUCAUUCGAAGCUAAGGGGUUUAGAUUAAAGUAUACACAACCCGCAAACCCGACUGUCUGUGGAGGAGUAUUAAGAGCUGGUCUUCAAUUCAAAUCUUUUACAACACCUAACUAUCCUUCCGAAUACCCACCAAAUCAAAACUGUGAAUGGGUAAUCAAUGCACCUAUUGGACAAACUGUUUUACUCGAAUUUGGAGACUUUAUGAUUGAAGAAGACACGGGAUGUGCCUAUGAUGCUGUUCGGAUUUUUGAUAGAAGUGCGUCUGGUCGAACAUUAAUAACACCACCUUUGUGUGGUAAUCUGGGUGCAAACAGAACAUAUUAUUCUUCCACUUCCACAAUGAUUAUAAAGUUAGAAUCUGAUGGUAACCUACAAGAAAAAGGUUUCACAGCUUCUUACAAAGCAGGAUGCGGCGGUGUGUUAACAUCAAGCAAAGGUAAAAUCGCAUCAGGACUUACCAGUGCAUCACAAUACUUAAAUAAUCAAAAUUGUGAGUGGAAGAUCAUAUUGACACCUGGUUCCAAAAUUAAAAUCAGUUUUACUAAAUUCAACCUUGAAAGUAGCGACAGAUGCAGCAACGAUUAUGUUCUUGUAAAAAAUGGGAUUUUACCAGAUUCAACUGUGAUUGGACGGUACUGUGGAAAUCGAAUUCCUAAUAACGUGACAUCUAGUGGCAAUGAAGUGACGGUCCAAUUUGUGACUGAUGGACAGAAUGUUGAGGAAGGAUUUGAAAUUGUUUACGAGAUGUUUGUAGCAGGUUGUGGUGGUAAAGAAACACUUUCAGACCCAACACUGACGUAUGAGAUUACGUCACCGGAAUACCCUGCUCCUUUUCUAUCAAAUGUUGAAUGCAUAUGGACUUUAGAAGUUCCUGCUGGACAUAUCAUUGACCUCACUUUUUCAGAUUUUAACAUAUCUUCGUCAUCUAUCUCUACAGCUUGUCUUCAAGGUAGUGUACUAGUACAGACAGGUGUAUCAUCAAAUGAAAAGGUUUUUGGACCUUACUGUGGUUUAAAUUCACCAUCUGGAUUAACCUUCAAAUCAUCUUCAAAUGUAAUGGUUGUCACAUUUGUCAGUUUCCUGUCUAAUGGGAUAGAUAGAGGCUUUAAAGCUUCUUGGAGAAUAGGAUGUGGAGGAUAUAUGUAUGGUACAUCAGGGAAAAUAUCCUCACCCUUAUACCCUUCUCUGUAUCCUAAUGAUCAAGAUUGUAUGUAUAUCAUUGAAAUACCCACUAAACAGCAGGUCCAUUUGUCAUUUAACACGUUCAGUCUGGAACCCAAUCCACAAUGUUUAGAUAGUGGGGAUUUUUUGGAGGUCUUGAAUGAUGAUAAAAAUCGAACCGUUGUUGGACGAUACUGUGGUAGCUCUCUUCCAAAACCAUUGGUUUCAGCUGGCCAUACUAUGCGUGUACGUUUCCAUAGUAACUCAAACAGAACGAGUAACGGUUUUGAGGCGAUGUUCACAACAGUUGGAACAGGAUGUGGAGGUCAGUUCUUUUCAUUGGGUACAUUUGCUUCACCAUUUUAUCCUCAACCGUAUCCACUGAACCGUGUAUGUACCUGGCUGUUAGUUGCAACUCCAACGUCUGCGAUUCAAAUCAAUUUUACAGAUUUUCAUCUGGAAGCUUCAAUGAAUUGCACCAAUGAUUAUGUUGAAAUAAGAAACGGACCCACAAUGGAAGGUCCUUUGUUGGGCAGAUACUGUGGUACUCAACAACCUCCAUUGAUCAAAUCAUCCGGCAGCCGAAUGCUUGUCACUUUUUUUUCUAAUCGUAAUUCUAACAGAGCAAAAGGAUUCAAAGCUCUCUUCAUUUCCACUUCAGAAGGUUGUGGAGGAAAGUUAUCAGGUUCAAACGGAAGUAUUUCGUCGCCAAAUUACCCUGCAAAUUAUGAUAAUGCUGCUUAUUGUGAGUGGACGAUAUCUGUUGCGAAAGACAAAACUGUUCAUUUACAUAUUCGGGAUCUUCUUAUCGAACGUCAUAGCCGAUGUGCUUUUGACGGGUUGAAAGUAUUCGAUGGCCCAUCCGUAUCUGGUCGUCUACUUGCCAACUUAUGUGGAAAUAUUACUAGCAGAACUUAUUCCUCUGCAACCGGCUCCAUCACAGUGGUUUUUAGUUCUGAUGUUGGUGUUAACGAAAAAGGAUUUUAUGCAACCUGGACGGAGGGAGAUGCGCAGUGUGGAGGAGAGCUUUUAAGUACAUCUAGUGAAGUUGUCAGUCCAAUGUAUCCAUUGUAUUAUGGCUCCGAUACGGACUGUGUGUGGUUGAUCAAACUUCCCGAUGGUAUGCUUGUUCAUUUAAACGUGGUGGAAUUAUCCAUUCCCACAUCUACAAACUGUGAAAGAGAUCAACUUAUCAUUCAAAACGGUUUAUCUCAUAAUUCACCUGUGUUGGCGACAUUGUGUGGAAAUACGACCGAUUUAGUAAACACAAGUUGGAUUAGUGCUAGUAAUCAUAUGAGGUUACACCUGAAGUCACCAGCGACAGCCUCGCCGUACGGUAGAUUCAAGUUAUCUUACGUAGCCAAACCAGAAGGCUGUGGAGGAAAAGUAACUGGUUCAUCCGGAGUGAUAACAUCUCCUGGAUAUCCUUCGUUGUAUCAAAAUAAUUUGGAUUGUGAGUGGAUCAUUGAGACAGAGCCUGGUACGAGUGUGUUUGUACAUAUCGAAGAACUAGAUUUGGAAACUCACAGCAGAUGUAUUCAUGACUAUAUCGAAGUUUGGGACCAUCUUGCAGCAGGAAGUUUAACUUCUUCACCGAAUGAGACCUUACUAGCGCGUUUAUGUGGAAAAACUCAUAAGAGUGUGUAUCACAGUUCGCAAAACAAGAUGAGGUUAAGAUUUCGAACAGAUCAAUCUGAUAGUGGACGAGGCUUUAAAGUUGCAUUCAAUACAGGUUGCGGCGGUCUAUUGAGAGGAAGGUCAGGGUAUGCAAUAUCCCCUAAUUAUCCUAAUACCUACCCAAAUAAUCAGGACUGUAGAUGGGUAAUUGAUCUUCAGCCUCAUUAUCAUAUCCGCAUGACUGAAAACGAUUUUAAUCUUCCAUCGACAAAUGGGAGAGGUGAAUGUCAAGAUUUUGUUGAAUUGAGAGAAGGGACCAACGUAACAUCUCCACGUAUAGCAAGAUUCUGCGGACAGAACCAACCACCUGCUUAUCAAUCGAAUUACCAUCAGCUAUUUGUUCGAUUCGUGUCUGAUAAUAUCACGCAACCUCUCGUAGGAGGGAGAAGUUGGAGAGCGAAGACACAUUACGCUGCAGUUUGUGGUGAGACGAUAAAGAACUCUCUCUUUGGUGUGAUUAAAAUGCCACAAUACACCGAUAAUGAGAACUGCGUCUGGGUUAUCGAGUUUCCAGUGGGUAAACAAAUUUCAUUAAAAACGAAAAGUUUCGACUUGGAAUAUGGCGGUAUGUCAUGCAUGUAUGAUUACGUGGAAAUUCGAGAUGGGGCAGAUAAAAGUGCACCAUUGUUUGGCAAAUUUUGUGGUUCAGCAAAGCCACCUCGAUUUCGAAGCACGGGAAAUUCCCUUUACAUUCGUUUCGUGAGCGAUAAAUCAGCGGUUGGAGAUGGCUUUCAAUUUGAGUAUUCUGAAGCACCUAUAGCCUGUGGUGGCAUUCUUAAUGAGACGUUUGGUGAAGUUAAAAGCCCUCUAUAUCCCAACAACAUCCCUAAUGGGGAGACCUGUGGAUGGCAGAUCAUUGUUCCCGAAGGUAAAAGAAUCAAUCUAACUUUCACCGACUUUAGUAUUCCAUACCUUGGUUCAAGCGAUUUUCCUGUUUGUACGACUUAUCUGAAUAUCUACGAUGCAGCUUAUCCAGAUCACCACUACCAAAUAAAAAGUAGGCUAUGUGGCUUCACUUUACCUCCUUCGUUGAGAUCCACUGGAAACACCUUGUACCUUCUAUUGCAUGCAAGUAUACUUAGUGGAAGAUUUCGUGCGGAAUAUAAAGCUGUUACAGCGGAGUGUGGAGGAGUGCUAGAGGUCGAUCGCACAGUCAAACAGUUAAAAAGUCCAAACUACCCCCUUCCAUUUUCUGCGGGUAGAGAAUGUGAUUGGAUGUUACGAGCGCAAGAAGGCAAUCAAGUUUCUGUUGUCAUAAAAGAUUUGUCUAUACCUGUGAAAAAUGCGAGCGGUGAAUGUGGAAGUACGCACCUAUUAAUCAUGGAUAGCACUAUAAACGAAGAUUCGCAUAUCAUUUGUGGAAACACAUCAAUCAAGUUUGUCAGUAGUAGUCACGCUAUGAAAGUCGUAUUGAUGAGGAAUUCAUCCGCAAAAGGAUUUCUGUUGGAAUACACAAGUAUCUCUGGUUGCAAUAAAACUUACACAGCAUCUAGUGGACUUGUUACUUCCAGUAAUCAUCCACUGAACUAUCAAAAGAACAGCAACUGUUAUUACAUUAUAAAAGCUUCGAUUGGUCACACGAUUUCACUGUAUCCAGUCUCGCUCAGCACAGAAGAAACACCGAGCUGUCAAUUCGAUUAUCUUCGAUUCUACGACGGAGCGUCGGAAAGGGAUACGUUAAUGAAAAAUGGAACGUACUGCGGAGAAGAGUUACCUCCCACACUACACAGUAGCGGUGACACUCUCUUAAUAAAAUUCGUAACCGACGCAAGUAUCACUAGGCCAGGCUUUGCAAUCACGUAUACAACGUCAUCUGCGGUUUGUGGAGGUCUGGUAACUGGUUACAAGGGAUCGCUGACGUCACCCCAUUUUCCAAUGUUAUAUUCGAAUCAAUACGCAUGUGAAUGGAAUAUUACUGUGAGCCCUGGGAAGAGAAUUCGAUUGAAUGUUACACAGUUUGAGAUGGAGGAUCCUAUGAAUGGUGCGGAUUGUUUAACGGUUGAUUAUUUACAGUUUGCUGAAAGAGGCAACAUAUUAGCAACAUACUGUGGUCUCAUUCACCCUGCUCCACGCACAAGUACAAGCAACUCAGUACGCGUGAUAUUCCGCUCGAAUAAUGUCAACAAUGAUUACAGAGGUUUCCAGUUGUUUUACAACGAGGUGUACUGAUAACUUGGAAGGGAAUUCAUUCAAAUAAAGGGAGAACCCUUAGAUAAUUUUUCAUUAUUUUUUAUAAUGGUAUCAUGUUCUGUACAGUUCUUCAUUUGUAAUUUGUUAUUUGGUGUGUUGUUCGUGUGUGUAGAUGUGUGCGCAUGCUUGCGUGAAUGCGUGUUUCACACAAGCUACAAAGUAUGAAUAAGUUGUAUGUCUGUAACUUUUAUAAUUUCAUGUAAAUAUUUUUUUUUUAAUUUAUGUUUGACACAUUAUUUGGGCAAAAAUAAUUGUUUAUUAUUUUUUCACUGGAUGUAAAUGUUAUAAUUGUAUAAAUAAGCUGCUCCAUUCAAUUUUUUGUUUUUAUUUAUAACGGACAACAUUGUAAAAUUUUCAACAAAAAUUUGUGCAUUUUCUACAUAAUAAACACAACAUUCGGUUGUAUGUAA